UGACGUCACUCCAGUUGGGACCUCCACCAAUGUCUAAGAAUCUAAACAAGUGGCCCUCGUUGUCGAAAAUGCGUUUUAAAAUGUAAAAUAUCUAUGAUAUGUGAUUAUUUUCCCAGUUGACUGACUUCAUAAAACGCCUAAAAAUGUCCAGGAGUUCUAAAUCCCAGAGUAGAGCCCAGAGUUCAUUGAUAGAAGUGAAGAGCAACAGUGUAGAGAGAGACAAGUAUGAGAGGCUCGAAGACUUUCGCACGUUAGUUGAAGAAUUACACCGACUACAAAGUACUUCUUUUGUCCUAGCCUACACUGACCCUCGGGAUGGGGAUCUUCUUCCAAUUACAAAUGAUGAUAACUUCAGGAAAGCUCUUCAGUGCUCAAGACCACUUCUCAGAGUCAUCAUCCAGCAUAAAGGUAAGACUGACAUGGAAGUACUCUCUCUUAAGGGAAUAAUGUGGACAGGCUCUGUGUAUCCAGUAGUUUGCUCAAGCAUAUAGUCUAUAUGUAUAUUU